AGCAUAAUUUAUGCUGCAUAAAUCAUAAAUAACAUUUCGACGUAAAUUGAAACAAAAACAGUAACUGAACUAUCCAUAGUUUUAGCCCUUUUCUCGUAGAUUCUUUCAUUUGCGAACAUACGUAAUGGCAGUGUUUGGCCCCAACAAGCGCCGAAAAAUUCCCGUUCCAAAACGGCAUGGUGUUCGUGAUCCCCUGAAAAAGCUAGCCGAACGAGAAGCCGCAAUUAAAGACAAAAUCAACAAUCCACCAAAGGAACGAGAUGUCCAGGAAGUGUCCAACCGAUUCAAACAGUUCGUUAAACUGAAAGCACAAACCAAAAAUGCCACUCCGCUUGGACGUAAGCAGCAGCUGCAGCGAAGAAUUAAGAAACGCAGCACCCUCCGAGUGGGCAGUUCAGUAGUGCAGCAACACCCGAAAGAAUCGGAGGAAGCGUUCCUAGAGCGAGCCAGCGCGGUGCAACGAGAUCACGUUCUUGAGGCCCGGUUUUCUAGCAAGUACAAUGUAGAGGUAGAGCGAAAUGAGGAUACGGGAGCUGUUAAGCUGAAAAAGAAGAAAACUCAUGAAAUAGAUGAGCUUCUGAAGCGGAAAGCAGAGGAAGCUAAAGGGUACCGGAAAAAGCAGAAACGUAAGGUGGAAGUGAAGAAAUUAAGUUUGGCCGAAAAAAGAGCUAUCAAGAAACAGAAGAUUGAGGACAAGAAGCGUAAAGAGGAGGAUAAGUUGCUCGAGGAGUACCAACAGGAUACAGUUCAAUUUGGAGAGGUUGUACAUGGCCCACCAACACUGAAUACCAAACCACGACAUGCAGACAAGUUAAAUGGAGCUGCUAGGCCGGGGCAUAAAGGUCUUCUACUUCACACAUUAUUCAAUCCAGUUGAACAGAAUGAAGAGGUCCAGGAGGAAAUAACGUCCAGGAAAAAAUCUUCCAAAAAGCAAGAACAGAAGGUAGAUCUAAAAGGAAAACGCAAAAACCUUCCAAUGGUCACUCGAGUGAAACUGGAACGAGAACAGCAGAAUGUAAUUGAGAUGUACCGGCAGAUGAAAAAAGCGAAAUAAAAAUUGUUGAACGUA